GGUUGGGCGGAAAAAGGGGUACCUUUUUUCUCGGCGGAACCGUCGCGUUGAGAGCCGACUGGGCGCUGGACCUGUCAGUCAAAUAGUGUAACAACGCCAGCCUGUGGAUUAAGGUGCGUUGAGCCGAAGUGAACGUGGCGUUCACGGACCUCGAGUUAGAGUUCGAUGUAAUCACAUUUUGCGAUCAAACAAUUAGGGGAACAAUAAAAACAUUGUGUUUCUAAAGUAUUAUACUUUUUAAAGAUGAUUAUGUCGUGAUGUAAAUGUGCAUAUACUAAUAUUUUCCCCUAAAUAUCGUAUUAAAUCUACAUACCUGAGUUACUUAAACACACUGAACUCAUCCUGAACUCCCUCCGCACCGACCUCUCUGAAUGCACACGAGCAGCUCCGUCUCAACGCCGAACACUUCCGCCCACACGGUGGCGCUGCCUCCCCGUUUAAUCUGCUCCUGCGGUCCCCUCACGGUGUGCAACCGAAGCUCCAUCCCAACACCACCUCAACAGGAACUGACGUCUCUUCGGUGCAAGUGGAUGGAAAGAAAAAAAAUGCAGCUGCAGGAAAAAUGGCUCCAAACACCGCACCGCUAAAAGGUGCCUAAAGAUCGGCUUCGCAACCCUUUAAGCCGCACUGACUUGCUGUCACACUCAUGGCCGCCUCUAGUUGACACAAUGGCCCAGAUAUCAAGCGGUAAUGGGUUCAAGGUGGUUGCCCCCCAGCCGAAGGGGGUUGUGGGUAAAGAGGAAGCCCUCCGCAUGGAGGAAGAGGCUUUAGCGAAGCUGCAAAGGGGUAAGAGACACACUCUUUCUGCUCCAGCGUCCGCCUCUUCCGCCGCGUCACUACCCGCCGCCACGCUUCCCAAAUCGACCAGUACUGCUCCUCAGCCUCUGCCCGCUGCCAGCAGACCCGAGAAGGACCUCAUCGUCUUCCCGGAGACCAAGAAGCAGGCGGAGCAGCUCAAGUUCAGGGACAUCGAUGUCGACAAGCUGACCAAUGAGGAACUCGAAAGGCUCCUGCUGGACAAAGACUUUGGGGUCAACAGCAAAGUGUCUCGCCCGUCGUCCCUGCUGGGGUUCAACCUCAGCGCCUCCUACCCCGGGAGCCACCCCGGUAGCUCCUCCCCCUUCCACAGCGGCCAGUGGACACCUGCUCUGUCCGCCCCGGCUAACUCCAGCCUGUCCACUCCCGGCCAUCGGCCCUCGCCGCUGUUCCCCUCGGCGCCGUUCCCCAAGCCCGGCGCCUUUCAGAACGGCUUCGCGCCGGCCAUGUCGCCCUACAUGGCGCUGGCGGGGGGGGCGCAGCCGUCCUUCAUGGCCUUCUCUCCCAUCCAGCCCGCCGCUGCCAUGGCGUUCCCGCAGCCAGCGGUGGACCCGGAGAUGGCCAAGCUGUUCGACAAGAUCGCCAGCACCUCGGAAUACUUGAAGAACGGCAAACCGGGCGGCACCGACGCGGACUCCCCGCAGGCGGGCCCGGCUUCGCUGGCGCCCAACCCGCCGCCCCAGCAGCCGGCCGUGGCGGAAUCCUCGAGCGCGGGCCGCUUCGACUGGCUGGAUCUGGACCCGCUCACGAAGCCCAGCGCUGAGAACGAGGAGGCGCCCCCCGCGUCGGGGCCCGCGGCGGCGGCGACGGUACCGGGGGUGGCGGGCGAUCCCUGGGAUGCCGUGCUGGAGACCGAAGGGAACAACAACAACAGCAGCGGCGGCGGCAGCGGCCCUCCCGAGGAGGUCAAAGCGUCACCGACGGGCCGCACGCAGCUCAGGAGGGCGUCAACGGGAGCCGCCGCCGCCGCCCGGUGCCACUCGCUUCACGUCCCGGGGGCCUCCGCCCAGCACAAAGCCAACCAGCCGGACAAGGGAAAAGGUUUGGUGAAGAAUGCCGCCCUGGAAGAACAGGACGCUCAAAGCCUCGAGGUUGUCGCCUUCUGUGAAGACGUAGCAGCUCUGCGUUCCAAAUUCCCUCACGGGGACGUGUCCACCAACCCCGGCUUCGUCCUGAGCCCCGUCAUCACCCAGAGAGACGGCGGGGGGGACAAUGGCUGCUCUGUCAAGGUUUCCAUUGAAAUCUCAGAAUCUCAGCAGCCGGUGACCUUCACCUGUGACGUGAGUUCUCCAGUGGAGUUGUUGAUCAGUCAGACUCUGUGCUGGGUCCAUGAUGACCUGGACCAGGUGGACUUCUCCAGCUACCUGCUCAAAGUCUGUGGCCAGGAGGAGGUGCUGCAGAAUAAACACAGCCUCGGCAGCCACGAGUACGUCCAGAACUGCAGGAAGUGGGAGAAUGAGAUCACGUUGCAGCUCCUCUCUCACUCCACCAUGAGAAGAGACUUGGCCCGCACGGCGGAAGAUGACAACUCUCGGGUUGAUUUAGAGAAGCACCUUGGCCAGGUGGAGAGGCCGUUCAAGGAGAACGUCACCAGACAAGGCCUUGCUGAUUAUUUGGAAGGCUAUCACAAUCAAGUCAACAUCUGCCUUCAGAAUGAGAGCACCCAGUACAAGACCGCCGACCGGGUGGUGCAAACUUUGAAGAACCUGUGCUGCGGCCUGGAUGAGGUGGAGACCCAAGCCGUCACGGAGGCGGUCAAAAGGCUGCGACACGCCGUCAACUUACCCAGGACUCACUCACCCAAGAUGGGGUCCACAUCGGCUGGUCAAUCGUCAAAUGGUCACAGCAGUCCCGUGGAGGAGGGCCUGGCCCUUCUGACGCAGGCCGUCUACGACCUGGCCAAGCUCUACCUGCGCUCCUUCUCCGCCCCCUCGGCCUCCUUCUGCUCCCCUCCGUCGCCCCGGGCUGCAGACGGGGAAGGCGCGGAGGGUCGGCGCAGCAAAGAGGCCUCCGGCACCACGGAACACCUCCAGUUCACUCUGUUUGCAUUGCACGGCAUCCCCGCCAACUGGGUCAGCAGUUAUGAAAAGUACUUCCUGAUGUGUUCCCUCACCCACAAUGGCAAGAACCUGUUUAAACCGGUCCAGUCCAAGAGAGUGGGCACAUACAAAAGCUUCUUCUACCACAUCAAAUGGGAUGAACUGAUCAACUUCCCGAUAGCGAUAGCUCUGCUCCCGCUGGAGUCCAUCCUGAGCCUGGCUCUGUUCGGGGUGCUGAACCAGAAUGCCAGCGGCUCCCCGGACUCCAACAAGCAGAGGAAAGCGCCGGAGCUGCUGGGCAAAGUCUCCAUGCCGCUCUUUGACUUCCGACGGGUGCUCGCCAAGGGCAGCAGGUUGUUGUGCCUGUGGACGUGCGCCCAGGGAAGGAAGGUGCCCACAGAGAGGAUAGUGCUGCAGGUGGACUUCCCCAACCCGCCGCUGGACGUGUUGUACGUGGGACCAAAGGAAGAACCCGGAACGGACCUCGACGCACUGGAGGAACUGGACCCCGAUCUGCGACGCAAACUGGAGAAAAUCUGCAGCCGAGCUUCCAAUUUUGGGUUGAAGAGGGCAGACCACCAGCUCCUAUGGGACCAUCGGCUCCACUGUCGGAAGCACCACCCCAGCAGCCUCCCUAAGGUUCUGGCCAGCGUGCCCAGCUGGGACUGGGCCAGCAUGGCUCACAUCCACUCCCUGCUGCACCACUGGCCCCCGCUGCCCCCCGUCACCGCGCUGGAGCUGCUCGAGGCAAAGUUCGCAGACACAGAAGUAAGAAACGUGGCUGUUAGCUGGAUUGAGAAGAGCAGCGACGAUGAGCUGACUGACUACCUGCCGCAGCUAGUUCAGGCAUUAAAGUUCGAGUGUCACCUUAAGAACGGCCUCGUCAUGUUCCUGCUGUCCAGGGCGCAAGGCAACAUCAACAUCGCCCACUACCUCUACUGGCUGCUGAAGGACGCGGUGCAGGAUCCCGCCUGGGGUCGGCGCUACGAGCGGGUACUGGGUGCCCUGCUGUGUCUGUGUGGAGUCAAGCUCAGAGCCGAGCUGGAGAAGCAGACCAACCUGGUCACCCUGCUGGGAGCCGUGGCCGAGAGGGUUCGGCAGGCCGGGGGUUCCACGCGACAGGUGGCGCUGCAGGAGGGCCUUGAAAACGUUCAAAACUUUUUCCAGAGGAACAGCUGCCGGCUGCCCCUCAGCCCCAGUCUGGUGGCUAAGGAGCUAAACGUUAAGGCCUGCUCCUUCUUCAACUCCAACGCAGUUCCCCUCAAGCUGGCCCUGGUCAACGCCGACCCCCUGGGAGAGGAGAUCAAUGUCAUGUUCAAGGUCGGCGAGGACCUGAGGCAAGACAUGUUGGCGCUUCAGAUGAUCCGCAUCAUGGACCGCAUCUGGCUGCAAGAGGGGCUGGACCUCCGCAUCGUGAACUUCAAAUGCAUCUCCACCGGCAAAGACAAAGGCAUGGUGGAGCUGGUGCCGUCCUCCGACACGCUGAGAAAGAUCCAGGUGGAGUACGGCGUCACCGGCUCCUUCAAGGACAAACCGCUGGCUGAGUGGCUCCGCAAGUACAACCCCGCCGAGGACGAGUACGACAAGGCGUCAGAGAACUUCAUCUACUCGUGUGCGGGCUGCUGCGUGGCCACCUACGUGCUGGGCAUCUGCGACCGACACAAUGACAACAUCAUGCUGCGCUCCACCGGACACAUGUUCCACAUCGACUUCGGCAAGUUCCUGGGCCACGCCCAGAUGUUCGGCAGCUUCAGAAGGGACCGCGCUCCGUUCGUUCUGACCUCCGACAUGGCGUACGUCAUCAACGGAGGGGAGCGUCCCACCAGUCGCUUCCAGCUGUUUGUGGACUUGUGCUGCCAGGCCUACAACCUCAUCCGCAAGCACUCCGGGCUGUUCCUCAACCUGUUGUCGCUGAUGACGUCCUCAGGCCUCCCAGAGCUGGCCGGCUCUCAGGACCUGAAGUACGUGUUUGACGCCUUGCAGCCCCACAACACGGAUGCUGAGGCAACGAUCUUCUUCACCAGGCUGAUCGAGUCCAGCCUCGGCAGCGUGGCCACCAAGUUCAACUUCUUCAUCCAUAAUCUCGCCCAGCUAAGAUUCUCUGGUUUGCCGGCCAACGACGAGCCCAUCCUGACCUUCUCCCCCAAGACCUACACGCUGAAGCAGGAGGGCCGCAUCCUCCACGCCUCCAUCUUCUCCUUCCAGAAGAGAUACAACCCCGACAAGCACUACACGUACGUGGUGAGGCUCCUGAGGGACGGUCAGAAUGAGCCCCAGUUCGUCUUCCGCACUUUCGAUGAGUUUCAGGAGCUCCACAACAAACUCAGCAUCCUCUUCCCGCUCUGGAAGCUGCCGAGUUUCUCCAACAAGAUGGUGCUCGGUCGCACCCACAUCAAGGAAGUGGCUGCCAAGAGGAAGCUGGAGCUCAACAACUACGUCCACAACCUGAUGAGGAGCUCCACGGAGGUCACCCAGUGUGACCUGGUGUACACCUUCUUUCACCCGAUCGCACGGGAUGAAAAGACGGAAGGUUUAGACGCCACGCCCAAAGCACCAGAACCUCCGCUGAGUCCCACUUCUGGACGGGUGGAAGGAGAGGUCAAGCUCUCGGUCUCCUACAGGAACAGCAAUCUCUUCAUAAUGGUCAUGCACAUCAGGGAUCUGGUUUCCGAAGAAGGAACGGAUCCCAAUCCAUAUGUGAAAACCUACCUGCUUCCAGAUCCGCACAAAACUUCCAAACGCAAGACGAAGAUCUCGAGGAAGACCAGGAACCCUACUUUCAAUGAGAUGCUGGUGUACAGUGGCUACAGCAAGGAGACCCUGGGCCUGCGGGAGCUGCAGCUGAGCGUGCUCAGCGCCGAGUCGCUGCGCGAGAACUACUUCCUGGGCGGCAUCACGCUCCGACUCAAAGACUUUGACCUCGGCAAGGAGACGGUCAAGUGGUACAAACUGACGGCCGUGCCCUACUUCUAACCCCGAGCCCCCCCACCCCCCCACCCUCUCUGAGCCGGGGGGGGGGGGCGCGACUCCAGACUCCAAACGCUGCAUUCCUGUCACGUUGGACAGAGCGGCAGAAUGCGGCCUUACUUGAAAACACCGGUCACGGCAUCUUCCAGUUCACACAAUUACUGUUUGACACCUUCAUUUUCAUUUGUUGGUUUGCUUCAAACUGGGGGGGG